AUGAAGACGUUGCUUUCUAUUCUGUCGCAUGUUGUUCAUGGAUAUGUAGGAAACCGAGCAAUGACGUUUCCCUUACAGUAUAUGGGAUGGGAUGUUGAUGCUAUCAAUACUACAAAUUUCUCAAACCACCCUGGAUAUGGAUCAUUACAAGGAUCAACGUCAACGGUGGAUACAAUUGAGAGUAUUAUAAGUGGUCUAAGUAAAAUUUUGAGCUUACCUGAUUUUGAUUUGAUUUUGAUUGGGUAUUGUCCCAAUGCUGAUGUUUUGCUGGUGGUUCAUAAAGAGAUUUCCAAAGCUUUGGGAAAGCAAGAGGCGAGGAAAAAGCUACGCUGGAUUGUUGAUCCCGUGUUGGGCGAUAAUGGCAAGUUAUACGUUUCGGAAAAGGUAAUACCGGUGUAUAUUGAGAUUCUAACAAGUGGGCUAGUUUCUUUAAUCACGCCAAACCAGUUUGAAUUUGAAACAUUGAGUGGUGAGGAAAUCAAUAGUUGGGAAAGUUGCAAAGAUGCACUUGAAAAGUUUGCUACAAAGUUCAAAGUAGAGAAUAUCGUGAUAUCUUCAGUGCUGAUAGAUAACGCCUUGUAUUGCGUAGCCUAUACUCAAGAGCUGAUUUUUUAUCUACCGAUAGAAAGGAUAGAUUGUGAUUUUAACGGAUGUGGUGAUUUGUUCACCGGUUUGAUUGCUAAUGCAUACUACAAUGAUAAUUACAAGAUCACACCUAAACUGAUUUCAAACGUGUUGAGCAACUUGCAUGAGAUCUUACAAUAUAGCUAUCUUGAUGAGUUGAAAAUUAACAACUUUGAACCAAAGGUUGUCAAGGAUAUUAGAGUUGUAGCUGCAAAAUACUUGUUGGAAGAGAAUGGGAAAGAACUAGUAAAGAAAAUAGGAUAUUUAUAG